AUGCACUACAAAAAACAAAUUUUAAGAGCUGGCAGUAACAUUAACUCUUUACCAAGUAGUCCACAAGCACCUAUAGUAUCGGAAGGCUGCUUACUCACCGCUCAGCCAACCAAAGGGAGAAACAGCGAUAAGUGUUCACUGAAGGGUGGUGAUGGAAAAGUCGGGACAGAAGUAGUGAAUUCUACCAAGGCUUUGUCAUCUCCUGUUUGUGCCUCAACUCAUCAUGAUAACAGACCUGGGAGUAACUCUUUGACCAUGCCUCACGAUGCCAACAGUGAAAGGCAGAGUGCAUUUACAAGCGUUCAGUCCAGUAUCUCCAGAAGCAGGCAGAACACCCCUACAGUCAUAGAUCGUGCGGACUCGAGAUCCAGUGAUGGUCAGCUGUCCAUGUAUUUAUCUGACAGUAAACAGUCGAGUUCACGACUGGAUGAUGUCCGCAGUGUGAAGAGCAGUCCUGGCACCAGUCCUUUAAUCAUGGAUAGAAAUGAACCUAUACAUCCUUAUCGCGAUCCAGACUUAUUACACACGAAUGCUGUACAUAGUCACAUUCAAAGUGUGCUAGCAGGCCACCACAAAAUGGGUCAGCCAGCUUUUUCAUUGACGACACAUUCACCAGUUCCGGUAGCAUCAGCAUCUUCUCCCGCUGCCCCAGCAUUUUCUGGUGCAUCCACACUUCCAGCCCGGAGUCUGUUGAGCACCCUGCCCAGUACCUUGCCCUACACCGGCACACAUCCGCUACUGUCAUCUAUACCACAUCACCUGACUCUUCCUCACAGUUAUCCCAUAGAUGCGGUUGUCAGGGCUCAGCAGCAGCAGUUGGCAGCCUUGCAGCAGCAGCAGCAUCUUAUAGGAUACUCGUUGAACAAUGCUGCAACAAUAGCUACAAUUGAAGCUCUGUGGCAGCAGAAGAUGUCAGCAGCCCCUCUUCCAGCUCACUAUGUGUUGAAGAAAAACCAAGAGGCACUCCUUUCUACGGAGUUAGCAGCAGCCCUCCACAGAGAACAUCUUCAAAUACAGAUGGAGCAUGGAAGAAGAGCAAUUGAAGUUGGCCGCAGGGAAAGAGAGAGGUUGGAACAGGAACGUAGAGAAAAGGAACACUCAGAUAUUAUUGAAAGAGAGCGACAAGAGAAAGAGCGUGAACGGGCAGAGCAUGAAAGACAAGAGCGAGAACUCCUAGAGAAGGAGCGGAUGAAACAGGAACGACAAGAGUGGGAAUAUAAGCAGAGUCAGGAGCGGAUCCUGAUGGAGAAUGUGGACACGGACGCUGCUGUAGACCAGCACUUUGCUGAGUCUCUGACCAGAUUAGCCAGUCAGCAGGGCAUCUCAAUUUUCCCACCAAUUGCACAUGCUGCAGCAAGAGGCUUCAUUCCUAAAACUGAGACGCACAGCUUGCCUCAGCCCCACAGCUUGCCUCAGCCCCGCAGCCUCCCAUUCCAUGAGAAGAAGCACCUGGAACACAGGAUAGAGGAUCAGUUAAACAAGGAAAUUAAUCCACCGCCAGAUGACAAGCGAGGAUUUAACAAAAUUGGCAUUGAGAAGAGUUCUGGAGCUGCCAGUUACCCCUGCAGCUCAGGCAGUUACCAUGCUGUUUCAUCUUUGUCCCAGUCAAGCCACAAGCCACUGUUUAACCUUUAUGGUUAUCCAUCCUCUCACUCAACUAUCACAGCAGAGCAGCUGAAGCUGAGGGGUCUUGUGUCUGAGACUAGACAUAUAAAGGAAGAGGUGCUUGAUAAGAAUGCUUAUUCGUCAGGACCUCCUCACACAUCUAGCCCUGUUCACUCAAACCAAGGGUACUGCUUGAAGGAUGUGAAACAAGAGCUGCAUAACUCUGUGAUAGUGAAAAGCGAUUUAAAGGCUCCUUUAAAAAUUGAAAAUCAGGUGGCAGCACAUUCUCACCACAACUCACCUUCUUCAGCAUCAUCCUCACCACGCCCUCAACAUCAGUGGCUGGCACAUUCUUCAGAUCAUAGGCUAGACCGACCAUUAACAUCUUCAAGCCCAGCUUCAAGUGUUCGUCUCCACCACCUGCAUCAUUCCAGUCCUGGGCCUACAAGUUUUGGUCACCCGCCUUCAUCUCACAGUGCAGUUUUUAGUUCCUCUGACAUCCGGGCAUCUCCAAGAUCUCUGAGUCCAUAUACUGCAGCAGCUAGUCAGUCACAGCCAUUGAACUUUUGUAAAUCCUCAGACGUCAAGAUUGAAGCCCCAGAGAAGCAACAACAGCCUCCUCAAGCACACACCAGCUACACUUCUGCCCAAACAUUUGUUUCUUCAGCACCUAACUCUGUUAUCAACAACUACAGCCUGAUUCAACAGGGCUUGGUACCAAAUCCUAUUUACAGCCAGGGAGGUGUGAUACGUCCUGCUGGCUCACCACUUCAGCACAGUAUAGGCUGCCAUUCUGUUUGUGGACCCUCAGCCAAUUCGUUUGUGGACUCAAAACCAUCACAGAUCAGUCCUGGAAGCAAACGAAAAAUGACUGUUAAGGAUAGCAACACAAGUAAUAAAAAGAAGUCAAAGAACCAUGAUGAAGUAUCUCUUACCGCUCAGUCUAUUUCCAUUCCAGUAACGACAUCGCAGAUCAUCACAAACCCCUCUCCUUAUACCACCUCAAGCAGCAGCAGUAUAUUAGCCAGAUCAGAAAUUAGUUCAGUGACUUCCUCCUCUCCUGCAUUAAUAAGUGCUAGCCUACCUUAUAGUACUGGGUUCAUGGAUAGCUUCAAGUCAUUUGUUGAAAACACUGUUCAGAUUGCAUUCCUACAGGAUGAGAAAAAGGCUCAGGAGAAAGCAGAGAGAGAUCAGGCACAAGCCAAUCAGUCUCUUUCGUCUCUUGCUAUCUCAGAAGUAGCUUUCUGUGAUAGAGAACUCAGCGGUCAAGUUCAGUCCCUGUCUGAUAAUUCCAAUUUGGCAACCUCUGUUGCCACUAAACCAGACAUCUCUCAGAUUAAUUGUAAAUCGUAUAACAGUCGGAUUAUCAACACAAUCAACAGAGUAGCGGGCAACCAGGCAGAUGCUGACUCUGAUACUUUCAGUGCCUCAAGUCCUUCAACCCAUGUCAGACCUUCAGGAGGUAACUCUCCCAGCAGCAGGAAUUGUCACAUUCAGAGCUCCAGCCACCCACACCAUAUGAAGAAAGCAUGGCUUCAACGCCACGACGAAGACAAAAAAUCAGAGACGCCAGUCUCGGCACACAAUGAAGAGGAUUCUAAUUCUGGUUCAAGCCAUACCAGAGAUGUGAUUAGUUGUAUUGAGAACCCGUCUGCCUCUCUGGUCAAUGGCGAUACAGAAAGUAGAAGUGCAUCUCCUGCUAAUGUUGUAGUGACACUGUCUAAUGGUAAUCUUAAUGAGUUUGAUCCAAAUGAUGAAUCUACCUCCUCUGCUUCAGAAUCAGAAAUGCAGGAUUCACCUGCAGUAAUUGACUCAAAGAAGAGGGUAAAUUCAGGCAGGGCGGCAAGUAGGUCAUCAAAGAAAGCCAAAUCUGAUGUAGACUCACAUUCGUGUACACCCUCUCCAGCAGCAUGUAACAACAACAGUAGCUCCAUGGGUGUUCAGAAACAUACUAGCAACAGCCACAAGCGAGACCGAACUGAUAAACAAGUAAAAACAAUGAAUGACUCACAAGUCAUCACAAAAGACGAUCAGUCGAAUAUGUCACUGAAACAUUCUCAUGGCAGUCCUUAUCAGCAAAAGCCCCAGAAGAAAAAUAAUCAGGUGGCUACAACAGCUUUAGAGAAAUCAAUGUUUUCACACAUAGAUAGAUCUGAACCCUCACCAUCCUUCUCAGAGAACAGUAGCGCUGACAUGUCACCAGCAUCCUCUUCCUCUUCAUCAGUUAGUACAACAGCUGCUCCUCUCAAAUCCAGUAUUGAAGAUAGCAUUAAGAAAAUCAAGGACAAGAAAAAGCAGACAAAACCUAAUAAGGAAUCCACCUCAAAGGAAAGUAAAAAGAGUUCGUCAUUCAACAAACCUCUAGUAAAGAUGACUGUAGCCACACUCAAAAGAACAAUGGUGCCGUUUGUGCAGGAUGGCCCUUGCAGUGAGAUUACUCCAAAGCUGAACAAGUGCAGAGAGUGUAAGAUGACUCCUGGACAGCGCAAAGAGAAACUUCCCAACAUCUUCUGUAGAUUUUAUGCAUUUAGAAGACUGAAGUACAAUGCUCGAGGGAUAGUGAUGAUUGAUGGUUUCUCAGAUUUGUCAGAAGCCGAUCCAGAUGAUAUCGAACCUUGGCUUCCUCGAUUCCCAGUUCAAGACCCAGAGCUUGAUGUUGAGAACUCCAAGUUUAUCAUUGCCAAGGUUGGAGAUAAAUUCUGUGAGCUUGUUGAGCAAGAGAAGCAGGCUAAAUCCUGGGCAGGGGAUAAUGUGAAAAUUGUGUGGAAGCGUGCUGUGACGGGUGUACGGGAGAUGUGUGAUGUUUGUGACACAACAUUAUUUAACAUGCAUUGGGUGUGCCAUAAAUGUGGCUUUGUUGUGUGCCUCGAUUGCUUCAAAGUGCGUAUGAAAGACAGCAAAAAAGCCAUUACUGAUGAUAAGUGGCUGACAUGUAGUUCAAAUAGGCAGGCUCAUAAAGCACGUGAAAUGAUGCUAACACAGAUUAUUCCUAGUGAUGCCCUGUGGGAGCUUGGAAGGUUGAUUCAUGAUAUUCGUUCUAAGUGGUCAAUUCCAUCAAACUGUCCCUGUGGUUGCAGUAGCACAGAUAGCAGAAUUACAGCUAGGAAUGGCUUGAGUCAGGUGUUCAGCCUAUCUAAUGCUCACAAACUUCAGAAUGGCUUUAGCUCAGAGGAAAAUACAAGCAGAAAUUCUCUAAAGGCUAAGAGGAAAGAUCAAGAGCCCUACACAUUGAAGAAUUUUGAAUCCUACAAUCCAGAUACAACAUCUUCACCACUGAGUAUUUUAGCUGACAUUGCAUCAAUGGAGCCCAAUUCUGACAGGGACAAAUCAGAUAUGAAGAAGAAGAUGCACAAAUCAGUGAUGCCUGGAGAUGAUUUGUUAGAAGAUUCUGAGAAAAAGUUAGGUUGCUCAACACUGAGAGAACUGCUGACUAAAACAGCUGGAAAGCCAAAAGUUACCAAUGAAAAGAAAGUGAAGAAAGGUAGUGGCCUGAGUUCCCUUGAUGACAUCAUACAGUCAGUGGUGGAGAGAAGCUGCACAGACGGUGGCACUCCAUUCAAGUUCCUUCACUAUACCCCUCGGUUGGGAGGCUGGAAGCGGGAGUUGCCCAUUAUGGAACACAGCUUAACGGAAACCAGUGUGCUGUACCCAGACGUGCCGCACUCUUGGCUUUGUAAUGGACGGCUUCUGCGCUUGCAUGAUGCUCAUCAUAAGGGGAAUGUGCAGAUAUUUCAGGAGCAGUGGCAGAGAGGACAGCCGGUGUUGGUCUCCUGUGCCAAUAAGAAGAUGAAUAUCAGCUUGUGGAAGCCAGAAGUGUUCAUUAGAGAGUUUGGUGACAUUGAGAACGAGGUCGUCAACUGUCGAACUGGGGAUGUCAUCAUUGGCCACACAAUGGGUGAUUUCUGGGGAGGUUUUGAAAGUCUCAAAAAUCGACCAAUAGACAACAAUGACCAACCCAUGCUGCUGAAGUUGAAAGACUGGCCACCAGGUGACGAUUUUAGCGAGCUCUUGCCCACAAGGUUCCAAGACUUGAUGAAUGCACUGCCACUGCCAGAGUACACACACAGAAAUGGCAAACUGAAUCUGGCCUCCCGCCUGCCUGACUUCCUUGUUCGUCCAGAUUUGGGGCCUAAGAUGUAUAAUGCUUACGGAUCUUCACACUUUCCGAAAGAGGGCACAACAAACUUGCACCUGGACAUAUCUGAUGCUGUGAAUGUGAUGGUCUAUGUGGGAGUUCCUGGAGAUGGACCUGGAGGUAGAAAGGCUCAAGAAGAAGGUAGGUUG